CCCCCACUCUAUAUUAAUUACUUCACAACAACCCUUCCUGUUACUGGUGAGCGACUUGGAGCUCUUCAAAGCCCCAGCACUAUUUCUCCUCCCCCUUCCUCCUCCUCCUCCUCAUGAGCUCCUCCUCUCAUCAGUCAUCACUACACUCACUUAGCUAGUGGCAAAAAGAUAGAUAGCUCUAGCUCGUACUGCAUCAAACGGGCGGUAGUUGCACUGCCCGUUUCAAGGGAACUCCAGUGACAACCAGCUUCUUGCCAAUUCAGAACGUGACCGUGUGGUACGUACGGCCAAGGCAGUGGCUAGCUCGCGAUGGCGUCGGAGUGGGAAAUGGCCAUGGGCGUCGACCUCGGCAUGGGGAUGAGCACGUACCACAACGCCUCCGGUGGCAUCGCCGCCGCGCCGAUGAUGGGCCACCACGGCGGAGGAGGCGGCGGCGGCGGGUACUCCGCCGCGCACCACCACCACCACCAUUACUACGGGAUGCCUCAUCAGGCGGCGAUGGGCGACGCCAUGCGCGUCGACGACCUCCUCGACCUCUCCAACACUCCCGGCGCCCACGACUUCUUCCCGGCCUCCGCUGCCGCCGCCGCCGCAGGUGACCACGGGCACCACCACCACCACCACAUCGGCGGCAUGGGCGAGCCGUCGGGCGCCACGCCGUCGGCCACGUCGUCAGAUCACCAGACGUCGAUGCUCUCCUUCGCCGACGACUUCUACAUACCCACCGAGGACGCUGCCGAGCUGGAGUGGCUAUCCAAGUUCGUCGACGACUCCUACUCCGACAUGCCGAAUUACCAGUCGUCCGCGCACGCCGCAAUGGCGGCGGCGGCUGCUUCCGCGGCCAACAACGGCGGCGGCAGCUCGGCCGGCCAAGACAGCUGCCUCACGGCGGCGCCUGGCCGCGGCGCCCGUAGCAAGAGGUCGCGCGCGACGGCCGCGGCCGCCGCCGCGUGGCACUCCCUCGUCCCGCGCCCGCCGUCCCAGUCGUCGCCGUCGUCGUCGUGCUCGUCGUCCGACUUCCCGUCCUCGAACAAGCCAUCGGGCACCGCGAGGCCGAACGGCUCAGGAGGCGGCAGCCGCGGCAAGAAGAGCCCCGGCCCCGCGGGGGCGGAGGUGGGCAUGGAGGCCGGCGUGCGGCGGUGCACGCACUGCGCGUCGGAGAAGACGCCGCAGUGGCGGACGGGGCCCCUGGGCCCCAAGACCCUGUGCAACGCGUGCGGCGUGAGGUUCAAGUCCGGGCGGCUGAUGCCGGAGUACAGGCCGGCGGCGAGCCCCACGUUCGUGCUGACGCAGCACUCCAACUCCCACCGCAAGGUCAUGGAGCUGCGCCGCCAGAAGGAGCUCCUCAUCAUCCGCGGCAGCCACCGCGACGCCGCCGCGGCCGCAGCAGCAGCCGCCGCCGCCGCCGCCGCGGGAUCCGCCGCGGCGACCGGGAGGCCGGAGCUCAUGUUCCGCGACUACGGCGUGUGCUGAUCAAGCGGCGCACGCGGCGUCCAGAGCGAGCCAUGCAGGCGCAGCUACGCAUCACAUCGCAUGCAUGGAUGGAUGCAUGCACAGCACAGACGCGCGGGCUUAGAUCCUUUUGCGAAAUUCUCCCGUCUCCCUUUCUCUUGUUUAUUUCCUCUCCCUUUUUUUCUCUUUUUUGCCUUAUUCCAGAUAUUUUUCAAUGCUUUUUUGUUAAUUAAUUUGUUGGUACCUACCUCCCUUGCAAGUUCUUCCUCCUCUAUGAGAGAGAUCAAUCAAUUCUGUUGGUAUAACUAUGAUUGUGAUUAGCCGUCCAAGGCAGGGGCGAUUAGUUGUCUCACGUACGUUCGACGUACUAACGUACCUCCCGUUCGUUCGUUAA